AUGCCGAAGCCCAACGCCACUGCUGUGACGGAGUUUACCUUCGAAGGCUUUUCCGCUUUGGGGUGGCAGCGCAGACUCCUCCUCUUCGUGGUCUUUCUGGCCUUGCACCUGGUGACCCUUGGCAGCAAUGCCCUCAUCCUGGCGGCUGUUCGCCUGAGCCGUCACCUCCACACCCCCAUGUACUUCCUCCUGAGCGCGCUGUCCCUCUCUGAGACCUGCUACAGCGUGGCCAUCGUCCCCCGCAUGCUCUCCGGUCUCCUGAGCCCCCGGGAGGCCGUCUCCGUUGCGGGCUGUGCCACUCAGCUCUUCUUCUAUCUCACCUUUGGCGUCACCAACUGCUUCCUGCUCGCGGCCAUGGGCUACGACCGCUACGUGGCCAUCUGCGACCCCCUGCGGUAUGCGGUCGUCAUGGGCCAAAGGACCUGUGUGCACCUGGCGUGUGGCUCCUGGAGCGUGGGCCUGAGCACAGCCAUCAUCCAGGUGUCUUCCGUGUUCAGCCUGCCCUUCUGUGACGCCAGCGUCAUCUCCCAUUUUUUCUGCGACAUCCGGCCCCUCAUGAAGCUGGCCUGUGCCGACACCACCAUCAAAGAGCUUCUCACUUUGCUCAUCAGUCUGUGCGUGCUCGUCUUGCCCAUGGUCCUCAUCUUCAUCUCCUAUGUCCUGAUCGUCUCCACCAUCCUCAAGAUGGCAUCAGCUGAGGGCCAGAGGAAGGCUUUCGCCACCUGCGCCUCCCACCUCACCGUGGUCAUCGUCCACUAUGGCUGCACCUCCUUCAUCUACCUAAAACCCAAAUCGCAAAAUUCCCUGCAGGACAGACUCCUCUCUGUGACCUACACGGUCAUCACGCCCCUGCUGAACCCCGUGGUCUACGGCCUGAGGAACAAGGAGGUCAAGCAGGCCUUGCUCCGAGCUGUGGGCAGGAAGCCUCUCCCGUAG